AGGCCUGAAUGUUUGUUAAGUGGGUGUGAAAAUGAGGGAUUUGUGUCAGUUGCGUAGGAGUGUAUUUUUGUAUUGUAGGGCGCAGCUGGCACUAGUUCUUCAUCGGAAUGAAAGGGCGUGAAAGUUCCAGCUCACUUCACUCUUCGACUUCACCUGCUGAAUAUUGUCUUAGUUUUCCGCAAGAACGCGACGUUUUUGCGGCAUUCCGUUGUCGAAACAUAAGCGACUCUUCACGCUGUCCCCCUGAUUAUUCCGCGAGUCACAAUUAACCUCCCUGCUACAGUAGUAGGUUGCUUCUCUUCGGAAAUCAACUACCUCUAGCAUCCUUGACCUCAUCAUGGCUGGGAAUUACAUCUUGGUCGCAGAGGAGGAAAACGAGGAGCCGAUUGAAAUUCCUACCGAAGAAGAUGGAACUUUGUUGUUUACCACGUUGUGUGCUCAAUUUCCGGGAGCUUGUGGUCUGAAGUUCCGCAAUCCGGAGACGAAUGCUUUACGAGGAGUUCGACUUGUUGACGAUGGUUUUCAUGCUCCGGAGGAAGGCUGGGGCAACGGAAUGUAUUUUUGCGUUUUCCCCAAAGAUUUGAAGAAAAAGGGCGAAGAUGACAAGUUAGGAAAAUGCAAGCGAUCCCAGGAGAAGCAGAAGUGCUCCGACUUGAUUGUGCUGGGAUUACCGUGGAAAACAACCGAGACGGAAUUGAGACUGUAUUUUGAGCAGUUCGGUGAAGUUCUCAUGGCGCAGGUGAAGAAAGAUCCGAAGACGGGAAAUUCGAAGGGAUUCGGUUUCAUUCGGUUCUCGCUGUUCGAAUCGCAACAGCGCGUGCUUGGUCAAAGACAUAUGAUUGACGGCCGCUGGUGUGAUGUAAAGAUACCCAAUUCGAAGGCCGCCGGGGACUCGACGAUGCAAAGUCAACAGUCACACGUGCCUUGUAAGGUUUUCGUCGGACGUUGCACGGAAGACAUGACGGCUGACGACUUGAAGGAUUAUUUCGCCAAGUACGGGGAUGUCACUGAUGUUUUCAUCCCGCGGCCCUUUCGAGCAUUUGCGUUUGUUACAUUCCUCGAUCCCGACAUCGCACAGAGCCUUUGUGGUGAAGAUCACAUCAUUAAAGGGAUUUCCGUCCAUGUUUCCUCUGCCGCCCCCAAAACCGAUUCUGGAUUAGCUAGGGCAGCAAGCGGACCGCCAGGGGUAUCCGGGGUCGCUUGGGGCCGUACAGGCAUGUCGGGCGGACGGUCGGACCUUGGAGGACCACGUGGUGGCGGCUGGGGUGGUCAAAUGCCCCCUGUGAAUCAUGGGGGAGGGCGCGAAAUGGCCCAGAUGCCACCCCCUCCUCCAGGUGCAGGCGGACAUCAAAGUUCCGCGCAUCAGGGUGGUACUGCGGCGCACCAACUGGCACCGGGCUUGAGUCCUCUAAAUCUUGCCGGUUUGCCUCCUCAAAUGAAUUCUGCUAUUGCUGCUGCGUUGCUGAAUCCUGCUUCAUGGACGCUGUUCUCCAACUUGCAAGGUGGCGCUGGAGGAGGUGGCGGUCAACCGGAGCCACAAGGGUUUCCACCUCAGUGUCAAGGAUUCCCUCCACAAGGAUACGGUCCUCCGCACCAGCCGCCGCCACCCCAUCAAGGUUAUCAAGGACAGCCUGGAACCGGAGGCCCGGGAACUGGUGGUCCCGGUGGACCUCAGCAGGGUCCUGGCGGCUUUAUGAAUUGGGGAGCGCCACAACCGGCCACAGCUCCGGGAAAUCACGCUGCCGCCGCGGCAUCGUCGGGUGCCACGCCGGAAAUUUCGCAGUCACAAACCAUCCAAGCCGCCACCUGGCAGGCUAAUCAGAGGAAUGAUGCAGGGCGCCCUCAAGCCCCGGGCCCUCCCACUGGCUUUCGUUCCUCCUAUGAACUGGAAUGGGAGUGAAUUGAGUUUGAGGAGUGAUUGAAGAAUCGUGAGUUUUCUUGGUGUUCGAAGAAAUGACGACCCAUCUACAAAAGUUGGAAUUUUCAGAAUCGAGAAAAUGCUAUAUUUUCCUUGGCGUGGAAUUCAUGAGUAAAGAUGGACUUGCGUGUGCUGAGAAAAAUGAGCGAGAUGGCGUUGUGGCGGGAGCUAGAGUGGAUCACGAAGUCAACGGUGAAGGUAACCGUUAUGCGCCUCGUCUAGACUAGAAAAAACGAGGGAAUGGGAUUUAUAAUCGAUAUUAUUUGUUUCCGGGCGUGUGUAGAUAAGUUUCGUGAAUAUCUUAUCGACGGUCAUGGUAACUCGUGGGAAAUUUUCUCUUUUUUUUUGUUGCUGAAAUGAUCGGCUUCGUGUUAUUUUUUGAACUGGGCGAGUGUGAGUGUAUGUUGGUUUAUCUUAUUCGUUCUUUUUUCAAACCUGAUACUGACUCCUUCACGUGAGAAUCGGUCAUCGUUCUGUGGAAGCUGUUCUGACCGUUUUAGGUCCGCAGAAGAUAGGGUCCGCUUGUGCGGGUUUUUGUUUUGUUUUUUCCCCCCUGUUGAGUUGGUUCCUCUUGGCGGCGCGUGCAAGGAGCAAGAAACAUAUCUUGCUGCAUUACGAUCUGUUGAACCGUCGCAAUCCCUGGUGUUCGAAUUGCCAUAAGGAAUGUCCGCGAUUUGAUUGAAGCCGUUUUGUUGGAUUGUUUUUACCGCCUAGGAUUCAUCCCGUGAUGAUGGCUUUCUGGGUGUUUUGAAGGGAAGUUAGAUGUAUUUAUUCCACCUUGGACUUACUGGACAAGGCAACCGGUGUGAUCAAAACGUAAUUGGCUGAUGUAUCAUCUGUCUGGUUGGAACGUUGAGGAAGUGGUCGAGUUAACGCACGAUUGCGCGGCGAAUGGGGACUGAAAGGAAAAAAUUCUGGAAUUAGAUGCAAUUUGGCCAGUGCGUGAAGAGCGGUUGGUUGAAUGAAAAACGAAAGAUUCUGACGGCCUGGCUGGCAUCCGACACCGCGACUUGGUACUUGCACUGUUUGAAUCUGUGUUGCAGUCGCAUUUCUAAAGCACCCUCUGUUUUUACUUCUUCUGUUUUGAGUAUGAGUAAGUGGAAUUUGUGUGCGAGAGUUUUUGGGUGUAAGGAUGGCGGCAAAGCCCAUUGGAAGCACCUUGAGAGCUGUUCUUCGCACUUUUUUGCUCAUCCGCGUGGGCUCUGGGUUACCAUUAUCUGAUAGUCCCAUAUGUACGGUAUAUCUCCCUUCUUGUGCAUAACUUUCGUGCUGUAUACUUUCCCCCGGAUCAAAUCACGGCUAUUUCAUUAGUGGUUACGAUUUUGAUGAGUACAGAAUUGAAACGGUUUCAGAAAAUACUCCGUUCGUAUCCAAGAUUGAUGAUCAUUGCGAUCAAUGACCUUGCGGGUUUUUUUUUUCUCGAGGUGAUCAUUUAUCGAAAAAAUUCAUGCUCAUUAUUUUUUGGGAAGUCACCCGGAAUCAGAAAUAAGCAUAACUUGCUACGUAAUACAGGAGAAUCUUAUACAGGUUAUACUUGCGCCCCCCAUCAUUGCAGAGGAUCAUCCAGGUUUGAUGCUAGUGGGAAGGGUGAUCAUAGAAAAGUAUAUUUUUAUCGAAGGUCCAUGAAAGCUCUUCCCGGCGGAUGAGAUGUAGAUAAUCCUCGCCUCUCUGUGCAGCUCAGAUCCCUAUUCUUGGAGUUGAUUUCGAGCAUGUUGAGUAGUUUGUACAUAAAAUAGAAUGGCAUUGCCAGUUUCAUGGUUUUUCUCCGCGUGCUGAGGUUGUUUGUCGCUGUUCUGAUCACUUACUUUCUUUCUGUGUUCUCUGAGAUUGUUAAUGAAUAUGGGAAAGUGUCGAGUGGGAUGGUGAAGAGAGCCACGGAUGAAUUGACUCGGCCGAAAUGGACAGGGAAUCUGAAGGGGUGUUGGGAGCAUUAUUAAAUUUCGGUGCGUUCUUGCACCUACGCUUUUGUUGCAGCAGUUGGGCGGUAUCCUUCUGUAUAUUCUGCUUCAAAGAGCAACCUUGUAACCGAGUGUUUCACAGUAAACAUCUAUCUGUCCGAGAAAAGGAAAAUUCUGUCCCAUGCCGCUGCGCGAGAACCCGGAACGAAAGGUUGGAACUGUUGGGUAUGCGUUGAAGUUGAGAGGGAAACGUGCGUUUUAAUUUCGGGGGGUCCGAGUGACGGCGGAUGCAUAAGAGAUGAGAGAAAGAUUGACGUUGAAGUUUACAUCUGUGAUAUCUCGUUACAAAGGAGGAACCAGACUGAGAGAAACAGAGUUAUGAUUGGGAAAGGACUUCUGCGGUCAUCCUCGCCCUCUCUCGACCACUCCCCCUUGCCUCUUGUCGCCAUGAUUUUGCAGACCAUCAGUUGUCAAUGAUCAAUCUUGAGAAAGCUUUUAGGAAGCUCACAGGUUGCUGCGAAGUCAUCACGUCGCCGUGGUGGCUCCUCCAUUCCUCAGUCCACUCCCACUUAUUGAAAAUUUUAAGCAGUAGUCAAGUUUAACUUUCCAAUCUAUGACCCAAUUAUUGCAAGCAUCAUUUGUUGCUUGUGAGUGUCCAGACUGUUUGGGUGAAAUUCUCUGGAUGCAGGCACCGCUUCUGAUGGCUGGUGAGUGGUGGAGCCUAGCUUUUGCAACUUGGCAGUAACGAGCAAACGUUGUUCAUGUCGUAUGCUACGAUCAUCGUGUAGCGAGUCAAGUGCGGAAAUCGAUCUGUUGAACCUUUUCCCAAAGCAAUGCUCUUCACCAUCACACCGCCAAGCAAAAAGAGCUGGAAACUGAUGGUCCUGUUCGCAAGCGAGUAGAGCCGGGGACCGAGGAUGCGAUUCUAUUUUGUGCAGUGAAAAAAAAAAUGAUCAUGUAUCAUAGAAUUCGGGAGAACAUACGGAAUUGAUUGUGAAUUUGGAAAGAAAAAAGAUACGUAUUUCGGCGCUGUUGGUUCCUCCGCGUUCCACUCUUGCAUCACCGCCGUUUCCGUUGCUUGUGCAAUGAAAGCCCUGCCUUCUCCGGUGCCCGGUCGUGUUCCUCUGCAAGUUGCUGCCUCCCUCUCUGUCCCAUCUAGGGAAGAUUUGAUACCAUACGCAAACGUGUAUAAAUGUCUUGUCUGGGCCAUAGUCCCUCUGUCGAGCUUUUACUUUUGUUGUCUUCGUGUGAAUUCAAGAAACCAAGGGUUAGCUUUGAAAAAAGCCGCCUAAUUAAGUCAUAUGCUGUAUAGUUCAUUUGGGAACGAAUAUCCCAUUGUUGAGUUUUUACCCGCUGUGUUUCCCCUUAACUUGUUGACAUGUUCUGGAAACUGGUGCCUGCAGCGUUGAAAGGAUUGGAACUCGCAAGCUUCCUGAGGAAUUAUUCAGUGCUAAUGUCAACCAAAAGCGUCCCGACUCCUGGUUAUCCAUUUGCAGGCAGAACGAAAGUUGAAUUGGUCCUCUUGUAGUUGUGAAUACUGUUUCAUCAUUGUUUUCAAAUGUAUGGGGGAUUUGAUGUCGAAAACAUUUUUGGGUUAUGUUUUUUAUUUGCUGUUAUUGUUUUGUUCACUCUCGCACUGCGUCUUUGUUGGAUUAGUGUAGAUUCUGAUGAGGCGUACGAAAUUCUUCAUUUCCGCUUUUAUCGACGACGACCGCUUUGAACGGGGGGGAAACAACAGGGAUGGAGCGAUUUCCGCAAAUGAGGAAUUUGGGUAGGAGAUUGAAAGAGAACAUGAAAUUGAUUGAACGGGGAAGCCUAUGAGUCGGAGAUGACGCAGAAUAAAGCCCGUGUUGUUUCUAAAA